AUGACUCAGAGCUUCGACUUCGGCUCACUGAGCUGCAGUGUAACUUGUCAAGUGACUCAGAGCUUCGACUUCGGCUCACUGAGCUGCAGUGUAACUUGUCAAGUGACUCAGAGCUUCGACUUCGUCUCACUGAGCUGCAGUGUAACUUGUCAACUGACUCAGAGCUUCGACUUCGGCUCACUGAGCUGCAGUGUAACUUGUCAAGUGACUCAGAGCUUCGACUUCGUCUCACUGAGCUGCAGUGUAACUUGUCAAUUGACUCAGAGCUUCGACUCCGUCUCACUGAGCUGCAGUGUAACUUGUCAAGUGACUCAGAGCUUCGACCUCUGCUCAUUGAGCUGCAGUGUAACUUGUCAAAUGACUCAGAGCUUCGACUUCGGCUCACUGAGCUGCAGUAGCUUCGACUUCGGCUCACUGAGCUGCAGUGUAACUUGUCAAGUGACUCAUAGCUUCGACUUCUCCUCUCUGAGCUGCAGUGUAACUUGUCAAGUGACUCAGAGCUUCGAAUUCGGCUCACUGAGCUGCAGUGUAACUUGUGAAGUGACUCAGAGCUUCAACUUCGGCUCACUGAGCUGCAGUGUAACUUGUCAACUGACUCAGAGCUUCGACUUCUGCUCAUUGAGCUGCAGUGUAACUUGUCAAAUGACUCAGAGCUUCGACUUCGGCUCACUGAGCUGCAGUAGCUUCGACUUCGGCUCACUGAGCUGCAGUGUAACUUGUCAAGUGACUCAGAGCUUACACUUCGGCUCACUGAGCUGCAGUGUAACUUGUCAAGUGACUCAGAGCUUCGACUUCGUCUCACUGAGCUGCAGUGUAACUUGUCAAGUGACUCAGAGCUUCGACUUCGGCUCACUGAGCUGCAGUGUCACUUGUCAAGUGACUCAGAGCUUUGACUUCGGCUCACUGAGCUGCAGUGUAACUUGUCAAGUGACUCAGAGCUUCGACUUCGUCUCACUGAGCUGCAGUGUAACUUGUCAAGUGACUCAGAGCUUCGACUUCUGCUCAUUGAGCUGCAGUGUAACUUGUCAAAUGACUCAGAGCUUCGACUUCGGCUCACUGAGCUGCAGUAGCUUCGACUUCGGCUCACUGAGCUGCAGUGUAACAUGUCAAGUGACUCAGAGCUUCGACUUCGGCUCACUGAGCUGCAGUGUAACUUGUCAAGUGACUCAGAGCUUCGACUUCGUCUCACUGAGCUGCAGUGUAACUUGUCAAAUGACUCAGAGCUUCGACUUCGGCUCACUGAGCUGCAGUGUAACUUGUCAAGUGACUCAGAGCUUUGACUUCGGCUCACUGAGCUGCAGUGUACCUUGUCAAGUGACUCAGAGCUUCGACUUCGUCUCACUGAGGUGCAGUGUAACUUGUCAAGUGACUCAGAGCUUCGACUUCUGCUCAUUGAGCUGCAGUGUAACUUGUCAAAUGACUCAGAGCUUCGACUUCGGCUCACUGAGCUGCAGUAGCUUCGACUUCGGCUCACAGAGCUGCAGUGUAACUUGUCAAGUGACUCAGAGCUUCGACUUCGGCUCACUGAGCUGCAGUGUAACUUGUCAAGUGACUCAGAGCUUCGACUUCGGCUCACUGAGCUGCAGUGUAACUUGUCAAGUGACUCAGAGCUUCGACUUCGUCUCACUGAGCUGCAGUGUAACUUGUCAAGUGACUCAGAGCUUCGACUUCGGCUCAUUGAGCUGCUGUGUAACUUGUCAAGUGACUCAGAUCUUUGACUUCGGCUCACUGAGCUGCAGUGUAACUUGUCAAGUGACUCAGAGCAUCGACUUCGUCUCACUGAGCUGCGGUGUAACUUGUCAAGUGACUCAGAGCUUCGACUUCGGCUCACUGAGUUGCAGCAGCUUCGACUUCGGCUCACUGAGCUGCAGUGUAACUUGUCAAGUGACUCAGAGCUUACACUUCGGCUCACUGAGCUGCAGUGUAACUUGUCAAGUGACUCAGAGCUUCGACUUUGUCUCACUGAGCUGCAGUGUAACUUGUCAAGUGACUCAGAGCUUCGACUUCGGCUCAUUGAGCUGCUGUGUAACUUGUCAAGUGACUCAGAUCUUUGACUUCGGCUCACUGAGCUGCAGUGUAACUUGUCAAGUGACUCAGAGCAUCGACUUCGUCUCACUGAGCUGCGGUGUAACUUGUCAAGUGACUCAGAGCUUCGACUUCGGCUCACUGAGUUGCAGCAGCUUAGACUUCUUCUCACUGAGCUGCAGUGUAACUUGUCAAAUGACUCAUAGCUUCGACUUCGGCUCACUGAGCUGCAGUGUAACUUGUCAAGUGACUCUGAGCUUCGACUUCGGCUCACUGAGCUGCAGUGUAACUUGUCAAGUGACUCAGAGCUUCGACUUCGUCUCACUGAGCUGCAGUGUAACUUGUCAAGUGACUCAGAGCUUCGACUUCGGCUCCCUGAGCUGCAGUAGCUUCGACUUCGUCUCACUGAGCUGCAGUGUAACUUGUCAAGUGACUCAGAGCUUCGACUUCGGCUCAUUGAGCUGCAGUGUAACUUGUCAAGUGACUCAGAGCUUCGACUUCGUCUCACUGAGCUGCAGUGUAACUUGUCAACUGACUCAGAGCUUCGACUUCGGCUCACUGAGCUGCAGUGUAACUUGUCAAGUGACUCAUAGCUUCGACUUCUGCUCUCUGAGCUGCAGUGUAACUUGUCAAGUGACUCAGAGCUUCGAAUUCGGCUCACUGAGCUGCAGUGUAACUUGUCAAGUGACUCAGAGCUUCGACUUCGUCUCACUGAGCUGCAGUGUAACUUGUCAAGUGACUCAGAGCUUCCACUUCGGCUCAUUGAGCUGCUGUGUAACUUGUCAAGUGACUCAGAUCUUUGACUUCGGCUCACUGAGCUGCAGUGUAACUUGUCAAGUGACUCAGAGCAUCGACUUCGUCUCACUGAGCUGCGGUGUAACUUGUCAAGUGACUCAGAGCUUCGAAUUCGGCUCACUGAGCUGCAGUGUAACUUGUGAAGUGACUCAGAGCUUCGACUCCGUUCACUGA